GCGGCGGGGCCGGGCCGGCAGCGGGGAUCGCCCGCCCUAAGCGGCUGCCCGGCGCCGCCUGCCGCUGCCGGCCGUGCGGGCAGGGACGGCAGCGCCGCAGGCUCUGUGCGUGCGGGGGCGCGAGCCGUUCCCAGCGCUGGCGGCGGCGCCGCUCGCGCUCCCUCUCCUGCCCCUGGUGCUCCGCUCCUCUCCCGCUCCCUCCGCCCGGACAGCCGCCCCCUCCCCGCGGUUAUGUAAGGCCGGCCCUCCGCCCUGCCCGCGGGGAGCGGCGGCGGGGCCCGGGCAGUGCCGCUCGCUGGCAGGAGCGGGGCAGAGAUCGGAGCGCGCAGCGAGCCCGGCUGGCGCCAGCAGCCCGGGUUCGGUUUGCUGCGGCUCUGUCUUAAAUGAACGUUGGUGUUUGUUUCCAUAGGAGAGGCGGGGAGGCGGCCCGAAAUCCUGGUCGUGCACUGAAAGCUGCUGAAAUUGAUCUGACCUUUUUGAUAAGAAAUGGAUCUUACUGUGCAAGUGUGGUACCAUGAAAGUUUACAAGACUAUUAUCAAUCAUCUUUGACUUCUCUGUGAAAACGGGGCAGUACUUGAAGGCUUGACAAAUGCAUCCCAGGUUGAAAAAUUUCUGCAUUCCUUCUCCUCUUCCUCCUUUAGAAAACUGACUUCUUUAAAGAGGUAAGAGGGAAGCAAAAGAAGUAAGAAAAUGCUGGGAUCAGAACGAGGUGUGGUGGAAGAAUGGCUGUCAGAAUUCAAGGCGUUACCUGAAUCACAAAUUUCUAGCUAUGCAGCUACAUUGCACCGAAAAAAAACACUGGUACCAGCUCUUUAUAAGGUCAUUCAAGACCCAAACAAUGAGCUCCUGGAGCCUGUUUGCCACCAGCUCUUUGAACUUUAUCGGAGUUCUGAAGUUCGACUCAAGAGAUUCACGCUGCAGUUUUUGCCAGAGCUGAUCUGGGUUUAUCUGCGUCUCACUGCCAGCAGGGAUAGGCAGAGUAAUGGCUGCAUUGAGGCAUUGCUGCUUGGCAUUUACAACCUGGAAAUUGCUGACAAAGAUGGAAAUAACAAAGUUUUGUCUUUCACCAUCCCUUCAUUAUCUAAACCCUCAAUAUAUCAUGAGCCCUCUACCAUUGGAUCCAUGGCUUUAACUGAAGGAGCAUUAAGUCAGCAUGAUCUUAUCAGGGUAGUUUACAGUGAUCUUCAUCCUCAAAGAGAAACCUUCACAGCACAGAACCGGUUUGAGGUGCUGAGCUUUCUUAUGCUGUGUUACAAUUCAGCUAUUGUCUACAUGCCUGCUUCUUCUUACCAGUCACUUUGUACGAUGGGUUCCAGGCUGUGUGUGAGUGGAUUUCCACGGCAGCAUGAGAAACGCUGGAAAGAACACUGUGGUAGAGUGGUGUUAGACCCUGACUUCAUGGUGCAGCUGCUCACAGGUGUCUAUUAUGCCAUAUAUAAUGGUCAGUGGGAGCUUGGCCAGGAGGUGUUGGAGGACAUAAUUUACAGAGCACAGCUUGAACUCUACUCACAGCCCCUGCUGGUUGCAAAUGCCAUGAAGAAUUCGCUGCCUUUUGAUGCUCCUGAUGCAUCACAAGAAGGCCAGAAGGUACUGAAAGUAGAAGUUACUCCAACAGUUCCAAGAAUUUCUCGGAGUGCUAUUACAACAGCUUCUAUCCGUCGUCAUCGCUGGAGGAGAGAAGAUGGCUUUGACUUCUCAAUCGAGGCUGACUCAAGCAUUCCUGGCUCACCGAUCCAACACGGCUCCACAGACCUAGGGAUCAAACGUGAGCAAGAGGGGGAGGUGCUGAUGCGCAGGACCCCUGAGCAUGGCUUCCCGGAGCCCACCUUGGCAGCAGCCACAACAGAGGAUACUGAAGGUGUAAAUGGAAGAGAGGAGUCUGUAAACCUUAAUGAUGCUGAUGAAGGAUUUUCAUCGGGAGCUUCCCUCAGCAGCCAGCCAGCUGGGACCAAACCUGUAUCCUCUGUAUCCCAAAAGAGCAGCUUAAGGAAAACAGCAAGUGGGCGUUCCGCUAAGGAGAAGGAAACCUCUUCGGCAGCAAAAUCCAAUGAGAGCCCUCGGGAUUCAGGAGCUCGAAAGCAGUACACACACCAAUCCUCUGACCUGGAUGGAGAUGUAAUUGAGAUGACACCUACUAAGAAACACCUCAGCCUGCCUGCUGGGCAGGUGGUGCCAAAAGCCAACAGUUUGGGCCUGAUCAGGACCGCCAGUGCUUCCUCCAGUAAAUCAUUUGACUAUGUGAAUGGCAGUCAAGCAGGCUCCAGUGUAGGAGCUGGUUCAGAGGGUUUUACCAGUCUAGCAGCUGGCAACACCAAUCGGUUUUCAACUAUCAGCCUACAGGAGGACCGGCUAGGCCAAGCUGGGGAAGGUAAAGAUCUCCUUUCCCCAGGAGCUCCCCUAACCAAGCAGUCUCGAUCUCCAAGUUUCAAUAUGCAGCUGAUAUCCCAGGUGUAACUUUGACUCCCUUCCUUAGUAUUCCUUCUUCUCCCUUAAUCCCUGGCAAGUUCAUCCUUAGGCAAAACAUGAACCAUCAUCCCACAGUGUGAAAAUACUGACUGUUGUGAUCUCGUUUCAUUUGGUUUAGCUAUCAUACUGUAUUACUGAAACAGCAAUAAUUCUUCUCUCACCUUCAUCCUCCUUCCUCCUUGUAAACAUGGUAGUGAAGCAGUAUGUAAUGUACUGUAUGCCUUUUUCCAUGCCUUCCUUUCUCUUUGGGUGAUGUGCAAUCCAUCGUAGGCUGAUCAGUCCCAUUUCAACACUGUGAGACUGGAGACACCGGCGGAAAUGGUGAAUGUGAUCCCUAUGAGAUGAUGCUUUGGCUUUGUUAAGAAAUAGAAACGGGUUUGUUUUCUUGGUCUACAGUACUGCAAAGACUACUGGAUCCUGACUUGUCUUUCUCAGAAUCAGGAGUGCCUCAGAGAUUCUAGUGUGACUUUGGACCUCUCUGAGUCUGUGCAAUCAGUUCUGGGGAGGGGAUUGUCAUUGCUGCUCCUGGCUGCCUACAGCACUUUUUUCCAUUAAAUGAGGGUAGUUUUUUCUUGACUGCCCUCAGUCUCUCAUCCCAGAAGCUUUUGAUGUUCAGCAACUGAGACAUGCAUAUUAAGAAGCUGUAUUUCCUCAGAGACAGGAUUCUAGGUUGAUAAUGUGGGUUACAAUGCAUUUCUAAUGGCGUUGUAGUCAUUUGUAAUGUUACAUGUCUUCCCCUCCAGGACACAGGGUCAUUCUGCAUUUAGACUAAAAGUUAGAUACCACCAUGCUGUUAAAGCAAUUUGGUUUGUAAGUGGGAAGGAAACACUGCUUCCCUAGGAAAUAAUGGCUAGCUCUGCUUCAUUUUUGUUGUUGCUGUUUUUGCUGUGAGGUGCUGAUCACCGAAUUGAAAGGUGUAUUCGGGUAAAGAGUAUUUCUCAGGCUGCUGUCUUUUGUGUCAUGGCUGUUGGGACACCCCCCACCCCUUUCAGCUGCUUUCUCAAUGUCCCUGGAUUCAGUGGUGGAGUCAUUUGAGGAAUCCUACAGUCCAGACAGACCAUCUUCUCAAGGUGCUGUCUCAGGGAUAGAGACCAUAGUUUGCUAGGAACACUGAAGCUUCAAUGUGAAAUGCUUUUCUAGCAAUGCCAUUUGUGCAAAGGGGUACUGACAGUCUGUUGUUUUUUUUUCCCCUGGAAGGAUCACACUUCAUUGCCUUGGUAUAUAUAAUCUUUUCAGUUCUUUUAACUCUUACUUUUGUGGAUUGGCCCUACUCUAGAAAAUGCAGAGCUCGUGCCAUUGAGCCAAGCCUGGAAUGUAUAUGACUGGUGUGUGGGCACUGGCUGGUACUCAUGUUAGAGGACACUGCUUAGAAGCACACUUCUGGUUACUCUGGAGAAUGUUUGGCAUUCUCUUUCCAUCUCUCUGUAUCUCUUUGGAUUGAUAGAAAAGGGGAAAGUUCAUCCUCUCUGCUUAAGUUCUGUAUGAUAUCCCAGAAGUUUACAAACUGUAAACCUUCAGGAAAGAGUUACAAUUUUUAUGUGGGCACCUUGUUUCACUGUCACUGUGAAGGAUAAAUGUAAGCAGUUACAAACAGCAGGCUGCCUUCGAAUGAGACUCUUUAAGGUAUUCAAAACAAUGAAUGACUUGGUGUGGUAUUGCUGAUAGUUGAUUUUGGUGGGGAUUUUUUUUAAGCUUUAUUUUAAUUUUUUUUAAAUUUACAUUAAAAUUCAUUAAAAUAUUUGAAGGUUUUUUUGUGGUUUGAUGAGUCACUUUGGUAGCCUAGUCUUCAUAUCAUACAUUCAUAAAGUGAAUUUAGUGACAUCUGAUGUAGAAAUUCAGGUAAAGAGUAAAUAGACUCAUCAGAAGGAAAACCUGACAGUUUCUAAAUGGAAAAUAAUUUUUAAGGACCACCAGUCAUGUACAGAUGGAACUAAGGCAAAGCUGAGAUGAAGCUUCAAGGCUUACAUUUCUGUAAAAAUGUCAAAAGCUGUGUAUGGUUAAAGUUUUCUUUAUAAAAUAAAAUUUUCCUAGUGUAGACAAUUGGUAAGUCAUGACUGGAAGUACCAAGUUUAUACUUUGUAGAGACUAUCAAAAAGGAAAUUUGCUUAAAUAUUUGGGAAAUAAAAGAUCAGGAGUGUCAGCUAAUUUCCUAAGAAUUACUUAAUUUUAGUAUUUUCAACAGUUGUUCAUUAGCAAGGUUCUCUACUUUCUAUAUUUGUCAUUGGAUGCAUUCCUUCAGAAGUUUCAAGGAACUUAAAUUGGCAUCUGGUCAAAUUUUACAAUCUUUUUUUAAAAGCAGGUUUUUGUCUGGGGUCCCACACUAUGAAAACUAUUUCAGGAAAGUGAGAUGGCUUUACUGGCUUCAGAUAGGGAAGUCAGAUGUACAUGAGUAUAUUCAAAUUGUCCAAAACCUCAGUCAGACUACCUUUUAAAUUAUUUUUACACUUCUCAUUUUGAUCAUGUGCCUUUUGUUAUGGUUUCAUUCAUUGUAUUUUGGUUUGUUUUUGUAUAUAUAUACACCUACUCCAUAUCAGUCUUUUUUAAAAGAGUUCAAAUUUAUCCCUGUAAAAAAAUUUAUGGUACAUCUGUGGUACAUCUGUGACUUCUCAAAAAUUACCCUUUUAGUGGAGUGUUUCAGUUGUGGGAGCUUGUUUUGUUGUUUUUCAGCCAAGUACUGUUGAACAUUUACCUUACCAAUGAAGUCAUCCCAAGAAUCUACAAACCAGCUGUAGUCCCAGGCUCUGCAGUGCUGUCUAUCAUGUUUAUCAUUGCUGCUGCUAGAUGUGUCUCAAACCAUGCUAAGGUGUGGCAAGAUCAUAGCAAACCUUUAUACACUAUGUUCAGUGCAUUCCAAAGUACUGUGGCAGAAAUAAAAUUAGAACUGUCUGGGAUAUGGGUGGAGGGAAUAAUCUGCUGGGCUUCUGGUUAUAUAUGCUAAAUACUAAACAAAGUACAAAACAUACUUAAAUUUUCUGACACCUGUGACAAAUGUUUAGACUUAAAUCAAGCAUCCGUAUCCUAAAUUUACUCUGCUGUCUCUUCUUUUAGAAUAUUUGGUACUGGAGGCACUAGAUUUAGAUUUCUGCACUGUUUGAGUGCAACUGCAGCAUUAUAAAAGGACAAGAAGCAGAACACUAUGAUUUUUCCCUCCAUAUGUGUGCCUGCAUGCACAAACAUGCAAUUCUUAGGUGAGGAAGGGUAGAUUCUAUAUUCUGAUGUAUACAUAUACUUCAGUAGGGAAAAAUGAAAUGUUCCCUGAUACACGUCCCAAUAUGCUGCCAUUUUGCAACUAAUUUUUUUGGACUUUGUCAUUUUAAGGAAAUACAAAAUGUUGGGAUUGUGAACUCUAGGCUGAUUAUCCUUUUCAGAGAUUUAUUGUGAGCAGCUUUGUGUUUGAAACGUGAACCAUAUUUUCAUUUGACAGAGAGCAAAGUGAUGAAGUAAAAAUACCUAUUAAAAUUAAUGUUGCAAGAUGACAGUUUCAAUUUCUGUAUUAUCCCUUUAGUUUUCAUUUGGAAAAUUUCAUAAAAUGGAUACUUUGGUAUCACUGUCCAUUUUAAGUGCAGUUUUCUUUGAACACCCUUUCUGAUGUGAAUUUGAAGUGUUUUGCCAGCAUACUUCAUUCUGUAAUGCUGAACAUCAUGUUGCAGCCAGUAAGCAUUAGAUCUAGUAUUUGUAGUUUGCAAGUGUGUUGGUCUUAAAUGCAUUUCCAACAUACUCCUGCUAGCUUUAACGUAAUUAAAGUCAUCAAUAUAGUGAGAAAAAAAAAAAAGAUGUUUUCUGACAAAGUAUUUAUUUGCACUACUUAUGAAUACUGGAGUUUACUGGGACAGGGUUUUUUCUCACCAUGUGAGGUUUACUUGUGUGUGAGUAGGUGCAUACAUUUGUCACGUGUUGACAAUCAAUUGCCUCAACUGUGUGUAUACUGUAUGUAAAUAGGAACGUAUUUUUCAAGAUUAAGGGGGAAGCCUGCAUCUUAGUGGUGGUAAAGCUACUCUGCAGUAAGGUGACCCCAACUCUGCUUUUUGUCUUCAGAUACUAUGUGGUUUGUUUUACUUCUUUAAUGAAGUUUAUUAGUGUUCUUGGAAAAUUGUAGCUCCAGGGAAAUUUUCCUCAAUAUUUAAUGUAUAACAUGUUCAGAGAAUUAUAUUUUGAAAAAUUAAUUUUGGAAUAGAGAAUUCUAUGCUAUGGCUGUAUUUUAACCUAAGAGUUUGAACUUGUCCUAUUUUCUCAUGAACCAAUGGCUAUCUCCUCUAAGUGUUCAGCAUUUUAACUUUGGUCACAAACCAGACAUUUUUGUUUAUCUUGGCUUACAAAUUUAAUUUGAAGACUAAGAGAGAAUCAAGAAUAACUUUUUGAAUAAAAUCAUAAAAACCAAGCUGUACAGUAUAGGUACUAUGCUCAUAAUCCUAGAGGAGGUGGGGACAAUAUAAUGGAAUAUGUUUGAAUGAAACGUAUGUACUGCACACAAAAAAAUUACUUUGUUAGUAGAUCUAAUAAUCUCACCCUUAAAUUCUCUCACUGCCAAAGAUAUUGCUACCUUGGCAUGUUUAAUAUAACAUGAAAGCCAUCAGCUAGGUAUCAUUUGUAACAAACAUUUAUAUCAUAGGAAUAGUUUUCAUCAGAAGAGUAAAUGUACCUCUUUUAUUUCAGUUUCUUGUUUGGGAUAAUUACAGGACUAAAGUUGCAAAAUGUCACUUCUUUUCAAGCAUGCUAAGCAAACAAGCCAGAUCCUCUGUACUUGCAUCACAUUCUUGAUUUAUGUAAUUUUUUUAUAUUUUAUAUUAUCUUCAGUAUUUUAAAUGCUACUUAUUUCUAGCAUAUGGGCCUUAAUCUGUUCAGUAUUUUUGUUUUUUCCUCACUGGCACUUGGAUAAACUUUGCUGUCGAAAGGUUUUCUGUAGGUGAUUCAGGGUAGUGAAUCAGGACAUGGGUGUUAUGUUAGUGAACACAUGUAUCAGUCUGUCAAAAUUUCUGUCAUGACCAGCUGAAGAGACAAAAUACUUGCCUGCCUCUUGCACAGUGGUGGAAGAUGAUGAUGAGCUGUGAGCAACUUGGUUUGUUCCUGAAAACAAUAAGUAGAUUUUGCAAGACUGAUACUUACAAGGUUUUCCACAUAGUCAUUAUGAAAUUUUAUUUAAAAUAAGUCUUGGAACAAGAUUUUAAAACAACUGCCAACCAUUUUAGAUAAACUUGCCUAGUAAGUUUAUCAAGUGUCAAGGCCUGUGAUAUUAAAAGUUUAGAAGAAAGCUGUGCAAGUUUCAAGGGUACCUUACAGCUUCAGAAAAGGAUUAAGUAAAAAUCUGUCCUAUUUUAAUAAUCCGUAUUUGAGAUUUAAUGAAAAAAAUACCAUUUUGCUUCAAUCCUUUUACUUAUUUUUCUCUAGGCUAUGCCUCUCCCUGAUUUUUUUUAACUGUGUUCAUCAGGUUUUACCAAAGGUAGUAUCUGAGGGACCAACUGAAUUAAAAAAUGGGUCCAUAUGUUAUCCCUUCUAUCAUAAAGGAUUCCUAAGGUUUUCCUGUGAGCAGCUUGAUGGGAACAGAUGUAUAUUAAAGCUUUGUAUCCAUACAAUCCAUACAGUAAAACGUUGCCCUACAUUUUAGCUUGUGCAUGAUGAGCAGAGUGAUGAGAUCAAGUUUUAUUGAGCAGCCCCUUGGGCGUGAGCUCCUGGUGUUUUAGUCUGUAAGAUUUAAGGGUUUUAGAGAAGACUGUCUUUGCAUUCUGAUGCAACUUUUUAAUGAGUGAUUAAUAUUUUAUUCAGGAGUCAAAAUUUAAAUUGCUUUAAAAUGCGGUUUGGAAUUCUCACAGGUUUUGAUUUUAGAGGGCAAAAUGGUCAGGGGGAAAUUUCUGUUUAGAAGUAUCUGCUGGUAAAGUGUCUCUAUGGUGCUUUGUCAUGGAAACUUCCUCACAAAUCAGUAGUGAAUCCUAGGUGUUUGAGUCCUCAUCCUCCCCGGAACUGCUCACAAAACAGAAAAAGUAGAGCAACCUUUUACCUUUAGUUCUGAAACAAGUACUUGGGAGUAACAGAAAUACUGGCUAUUGACACUGUUCUUUCUGUUUAGACAGUUACUGUGGUUGUGCUAGAAUUUCAUGUUAUUAGUUUAUGAAAAAUGCAAGUAGUAAAAACUUUGUGGCUUCAAGUAUACAGUAGAUGUGAGUUAACAAUCACUCAGGAUAAAUCAACAUGUCAAAAUAUUAAUAGAUUCCUAGUGCUGGGGUGUGUGGUGUGUGUGUGUGUGUCAGUGUUCAAUGAUUACUUCUGUUUUCUUGCACAUAGUACAUUCUUUAGGGGUGGAUAUUAGCUGGUUAUUUAUGGACAAAUACCAUGUGGUUAAAUAAAACAGAGUCAUUUAACACUUUUUUCAUAUUGAAGAUUCCAGGAAAAAGCUAAUAAAGAUUUUUAAUAAUCAGCUACUCUUAAUACAUUUUAGAUUUACUAUGGUAGCUUUUAUUUGCUAUUAGAAGACCCCACCAACUAAAUUGAUAAAUACCCCAUGCUGCAUUUUUUAAAUUUGUAAUUCCUGUACUUGACAAUGAGUUUUUUGAUCUGUUUUUGUCCUUGUAAGAAUACAGGACUUGCUCUCAGUUUUACUAGCAAAAAGAAACAUUCUGCAAGGGUUAAAAGAUUAUUUUCUUACUUUUUUCGUCAUACCAGGUUUGUUUCUCUGAACUAAGGUUUCUGAGGAUUUUUACUACUUUAGCAUUAUUUAAUCUCAUAGAAGGAGCAUAAGCAGCACGAAGCCCACUUCUUGUGGGCACACAGGCUGGGCAAAGGACGUGGCUUGGUGGUGUGAGCCCCUCUUGGCCAGCACAGCCCUGCUUGCUGGUGUGAGCCCCAGACGUUCGAGAUUCGGUACUGGUGAAGGACUAAAUCAAACAGGUUUUUAAUAACCGUGACCUCUGCUGUAUGAUGUCCUUUAACCUGGGGACCAGGGAAAGUCUUCAUUCUCAGUCCUGAAGAAGGCACGUGUUGAAGAUCAUGUUGUUGGUGCAUGUAAGCCAUUAUCUUUACUGUCUUACUGAGCUGGUUCAUGCUGUUGAUUUGUUGAAAUGUGAAAUGUAGUUACUAUUGACUUUGUAAAUACCUGCCAGAGAAGAAAUAUAAUUAUUUUAAAUCAUUGUAAAUAGAGAUGUAUAAAACUCGACACAAUCUGCAAUGCAGAAAAAAAAUUAUAUAUAUAUAUAAAUAUAUAAAGAUGUUAAAUAAAUAUCGUGCUGUUUCUGAACAGAGAUGAA